AUGUUGAUGAAUGUGUAAACGAAACUCACAAAUGUAGCAUAAAUGCAAACUGCACAAACACUCCAGGUUCAUAUAACUGCCAAUGUCUCAGUGGAUACAAGGGGAAAGGAAAGAAAUGCUCAGGUACCGAUGUCUGAAUUUGACUAAUUGUGUACAACCCCAGAUGAAAAAAAUCCUUCUGCCAACCCAAUCUUCAUUAUUGCAUUAACUUGCAAAAAUAAUUAACCGUUACGAUCACGUAUUGUACUAAGUCAUAUUUAGACAACUUUAAUUUGAGCUGUGAUGAUUUUCAGACAUUGAUGAAUGCUCUGAAGGAAACUUCACUUGUCAUCCAAAUGCAACUUGCAUCAAUACACAAGGCUCAUACAACUGUCAAUGUAAAGAUGGAUUCGAAGGGGAUGGAAAGAAGAACUGCACAGGUCGAAAGUUUUUUAUAAAAUAAAAUCUAUAUUUUUCCAUCAAAUUAUUAUAUUAUGGGUCAAAUUAAAUUUCAACGAAAACUGGGAGAAUGGUUGCCAAAAACAGGACAUCAUAUUGGAGAAUAAGUUGACGAGCCAGCGCCCAUGGUUGGGUAGCCUCGACAAUCUCCUCCGUCGUGCCUUACGGAUUUUUAGUCAAAUUACGUGUGCUACUAGGGCAACAAAUUACGUAAUAGUUUGUCAAAACACAGUAGGUAUGAUGUGUAUCUAGUUUGUUUCAUUUCGCCGACGCUCGUCUUCCGCUUCCGCGUUGCCAACUCUUUCGUCAUUAAUAUUACGUAAUUUGAUUGAAGAUUCGUGAGGUUCAGCGGAUGAGAGUGAAGCAUCGAGAUAAUUGUAUUUAUUGUGUUUUCUUGCAGUUUCAAGAAAAAGUUGUGCCAGUUUAUAUAAAGCAGGGUUCAGAUAUGAUGGUGUAUAUACAAUCAACCCAGAUGACUCGGAAUCUUUCCAAGUCAGUUGUGACAUGCAAACAGACGGUGGAGGCUGGACAGUGUUUCAAAGAAGACAAGACGCAAGUGUGGAUUUUUAUCGCGGUUGGCAAGAAUAUAAAGAUGGUUUUGGUGAUUUGAACGGAAAUUUCUGGAUUGGGUUGGAGAAAAUACGUCGUUUGACAAAAUCUUAUCAAAAUAUUCUUAGAGUCGACUUGACAGAUUUUACUAACGAAAAAGCCUACGCAAAGUAUGGAACUUUUUCUGUGGCUUCUGAAUCUGAAUUCUAUAAACUGAAAGUUUACAGCUUUUCAGGUAAAUAUAAUCGAAUAAGAAAUAAUGUUAUGCCAUAUAGGCCUACAGCAAUCUAACAAUUGUUGAACUAGGUUGACCGUGAUAUGAAAAAUUAUCAAGACCGAAGUUUGUGUCACAAGCUGAAAGUGGGGGACCGAAUUAUUCUGCAUAUCAUGUUGAAAUUGGAUUCAUUAAGUGUUAACCCAUAUUAUUUGUGAAAGUUCACAAGUGAAAUUUUUCCCAGAAUAUAAUGACGAGUCCUUUUGACGAGCCUUUUUGCAACCAUAUGGUUAACCUCUCUUGUUUGACCAGUAUGCAUAUGUGCAUGAUCAAUUCCCACGAGAAGAUCAACAUGCCCGUUUCCACGUCUGAGUUUCUCCCUCGGUAGGCUGAACUGCUCUGCUAGUGCGCUCGAUCGGACACCUUUAAUUUCGUCACUGAUACAUGGGAUUCCAAUUGCUCUAACCACGUACUUCUUCUUAUCAUCUAUUCCAGUCACACUCACUUUGUAAACUUUUGUUUGAAUUUCUUCUUCUUCUCCUCCAACUUUUACGAUAUUCACAGUUAUAUCUUGCCCAUGCAACCGUGGACUGUUCGCAGUCUCUCUUAGUAUUAAACUAAUUUGGGCUCCAGAGUCAAACAAAAUGUUUCCGGGCUUGUGCACUCCAUUAGAUCCACAGAUAUUGGCAGUGAUCACUGGUAACAUUGUGUCCUUUUGUUCAGAAAGGGAAGCAACACCGACAAGUGUUGGUCUGGAUUUGUGCAACAAUGGAUG